CCAAAAUCACGAAAAAAUACGCGAUGCGGAAGGUGGUACCUUUUGCACCAAGACCUAGCCAGUAACGACCAGCGUUUGCCUGGUCAGUGCAACGCUGCACCUUACGUGCUUGAGAGAGAUCUGUUCCGGAGUCCGGAGACAGUGCUGUGCCGGGGGUAGAUCGUAUCAUCAUAGCGCUCGGCGGUCCUCUCAAGUCGGGUCCACUGCAUUGUACAAUUUGAAUCCUUCUGACGCGGAGUGCAUAGAAGAAAACAAAGAUCUCUGUGAGCAAUCAAGGCCAUUUGAUCCAAGUCCGAGCCUGGUCAGGGAUACGCAGGACUGGAACUACAGGCCGUAUUAGGGCCGAGACUAUUUUACAUUUUAUGUACAGCAGUCUCUAGGUUUGGUUAUUUUCUUUUGGCAUCCUGGUAGUCGGCCUUGGUUUGCACAUUACCUGCCAGCUACAGAUUCCAAUAAGUCCUUCGGUCUCGUUACCCAGGCCCUCCGCCAUGCGUAAGAGCGGCAGUGGUGUGGUCAGUGAGCAAAGGAAGAAACAGAACAGGGAAGCUCAACGCACCUACCGGAAGAGCUUGAUAAAACGGAUCGAGGAUCUAGAGUCUCGGCAAGGGCUAAAUGACUCGAGUCCUCCCGACCAGAGUGCCAGCAUCAACACCGAAGGGACCAGCCUGCCACUUCUGGCGAUGGGCAGCAAUGCUAACGACUACCAGCGAGAUGACGUAGGGCUGGCAUUGUCGAUGAAUGGCCUCACAACUCAGUCUCUGGCUAGGCCAGUACUUCACGACUCUCCCUUCCAGUAUUCCUCAUUCUUGGACGCACCGUGCAAUGAGCAAGCAGCUUUCCCCAGUCAGGAAAGCUUGGCUGCAUACGCCAACAGCGGAUCGAACAUGCAGCCCGACAAUUUAAGACCAGGAUCCGGAAACGGGACUGUGACAUUGCCGAAAUUUCCUGUUAUCGAAACCAAGCCUGCAGCAGUCGAUAGUCUGGCCAGCCGCGACGCCACCCUGGAUAAGACCUGGGGCCCACCUGCGUGCGCCGUGGCCGGGACAGCACUCCACGUGGCCAUUAUUAACGACAAAGAGUCGAUUGUGAAGCUGCUCCUGGAAAGAAGAUCAGACGUCAACGCUCGGGCUCAACAGCAAGAGGACGCCCUACACCUAGCUGUCAAGUGCGGCCAAGCCAACAUCGUGCGCAGAAUCCUCGAUGCCGGUGCGGAUAUCAACAGCAUGGAUGAAUGUGGACAAACGGUACUGUGCAAGGCAAUCAUAAACGGGGACGAAGACAUGGUGCGUCUCUUGCUAGACUGUGGCGCGAAUGUCAAUCAGUCUAUUGCCUAUGUCAUACCGCACAGGAUAAGCAGGUAGUCAGAGGAGCAAGAUAAAUCUAACAAAUAAGUUGCACGUGGAAA